AUGGAUCAUGUGGAAUUGGGUUUCAUAACAGUUUCCUCGCCGUAUUAUAUGAAUGCCAAGAGGAGCAGACAUAGGGAUGAUCCAAGGUUGGCUUUGUGGGCAUUUGGCAGUGAGGCCUACUUCUCCAUUAGCCCUGUGGAAGGCUUGAGUCAAGGUUCCCGAACCGAACCCCAGAGAGAGCACCGAGCAGGAAAAUAUGCUGCUGCGCUCCGUUCGCGCUUCGCUUCCCACCAUCGCCCGCCGCUUCUCGGCGGCGGCGGCGGCGACGGUGGCGGUGGAGAUUCCGGAGGCCGCAUCCGCCGCAGUGGACGCGGCGGUCGAUUCGGCGGCGGGGUUCCGCCGGAGGCCUCGGUGUCCGCGGCCACGGGCAAGGCGGGGGAUGAUCCUGCGACCGCGAUUGCGUCGGCCUCCGCGGCGGCGAAGGCGUCGGAGGGGGCGGUUGCUCGCCAGGGGGACGAGGGAGGACGCCCGGCGGCCGAAACCCAGCUCCGCCGCACCAUCUCAAUGCUUCGCAAGUUCAAGCGCUACGACCGCGCCCUCGUGUUAUGUGAAUCCAUGAUGCUGCGGCAAGAUAUGAAGCUGUUCCCGAGAGACUAUACGGUCCACCUUGAAUUAAUUGAGAAAGUUCACGGUCUAAGCAGCGCGGAGAAGUUCUUUGAGGAUCUCCCUGCUGAGAAGAGAUGUCCAAGUACCUGCAAUGCUCUCCUCGGUCUCUAUGCCCAGAAGCUUUUGCCCAACAAAGCUGAGGCCCUCAUGGCAAGAAUGUUGACUCGGGGUCUCUUGAAGAGCCCCAUUCCCUAUAACCACAUGAUAUCGUUGUAUACCUCCAGUGGACAACCGGAGAAGGUCCCUGGAGUGAUUGAGGAGUUGAAAACCACUUCACCGGACACCAUCACGUAUAACCUGUGGUUGAACGCGUGCAAGGAGCUAAAUGAUGUUGGAGCUGCAGAAAAGGUUUUCCGGGAGAUGGAGAGUUCACAAAUGCGUCCUAACUGGGUGACCUACAGUAUUCUCGCCAAACUUUAUAUAAAGAAUGCUGCUCUGGAAAAAGCAUCCCUUGUGGUAAAGAAGAUGGAGAGAAGGAUUUCACGUGGAGAUCGGGCUGCCUACUCAUCCCUCCUUAGUUUGCUUGCAGACAUGGGAGCUAAAGACGGGGUUCAUCGGAUAUGGAAUAGGAUGAGAUCGUCCAUUCCAAAAUUGAAUGACAACGAAUACGCUUGCAUGAUAUCUUCAGUUACAAAGUUUGGGGAAAUGGAAGAAGCUGAGAAGCUGUACACUGAAUGGGAGUGGGUUUCUAAAACUCGCAAUCCUAGCGUGGUAGACGUACUUGUAGCCGCUUAUGUAAACAAUGGCCCAAUGGAGAUAGCAGAGAACUUCUACAAGCGAGUUGUAAAGAAUGGGGUCACUCCUCGUUACACUACUUGGAGGCAUCUGAUACGGGGUUUUCUGAAAGAGAAGCAGUUGGAUAAAGCUCUUUAUUAUCUGUACAUGGCUAUUGCCAGCGUAGAAAAGUGGGUUUUUGACCGAGAGUUGAUUGUGGCGGUAUUCAAGAACCUAGAGGAAAGUGGAAAUGUCGAAGGUGCAGAGGAACUUCUUGUUGUUAUUCGGAAUGCUGGCCAUGUAAAUACCAAGGUCUAUAACUCAGUUCUACGCACUUAUGCCAAAGCCGGUCUAAGGCCACUCUUUGUUGCAGAGCAGAUGCAAAAAGAUAAUGUUAGGGAGGAUGACGAGACGUCUAGACUUCUGAAUGAAGCCAGCAAAUUGUACGGACCGCAUCAAAAGUUUUCCUGAGACAGUUUGAGGAUUAUUCUGGAACAAGUGGAGGAAAUGUCCUCGAGCGUGAAGGGGGAUGAUUAAGGACCUUGAUUAUCAUGGCAAAUUGGAUCACUUUUGCCGUGUGAUCCAGUGUAUAUACAAGCAUCUCUUGGAAUUACAAGAAAUAUCUAGCCUUUCGAUUGCAAAUAAUCAAGGCAAUGAACUGAGUCACUCGGUUGUAGUCACAUAUCACUUGGGCGAGCCUGUUCAUUUCGAAAUCGUCUUGCUAUUGAGUCUUCUCCAAUCUUUUAGAGCAUCCAUCCGUCCCGGUCACUGCUAGCCAUAUCUGUUUUUGCUUGCAUUGACUAAAGCGUUGGCGAGCUUUCUUGCCUUUUCCUUUUCGUCCCUGUGUACUGGGCUUGGAGAGGACGAAGGAGAUGAGCUUCAAAUUUCAUCAAAUGCCAAAUGAGACAGAGAUCAUUCGAUGUUGAGCAGUGUAUAUGGUAUAUGUGGAUGGGCGAAUUUCAGUUGACACUGGACAAAGAAGCUUGAGUUGUUAGUUUUGUCGACCAGACAAUCAAAGUUAGGUAUGUGUACUUACUCGCGGACCGGUGUGGUGUUGCACUGGUUCUUCUCAGGGUUCUCUUUCCCACCUCUGUUUUCACUUUGAAAAGUGGGUAAAUGCCUCUGAAAUCACAGUUCAGAUGAGGGCCUCA